UUUGGUGAUGAAAUUUUAAUGAAAAUACAAAGAAAAUUGUGCUAAAAUGUGAAUUGAAAUGUUGCAAACCUGAUUUGUGAAGAAGAAGCAGGCAUUUUUCCUCAUCGUACGUAUAUACAUAUAUACACACGCAAAACAUAUAUAUACGCGCGGGCGCGAGAGAGUAAAAGAGCGUGAGAAUGCUUCGUUUGAUGCGCGUGUGUGCGUGAGUGUGAGUGUUUUUCUCGCCGUUUUGUGUGUUUGUUUUGUGCGAGAGCUGUUGAGAGAGCUCGCGCCAAGCAGGCGAAUGCAAAAGCAAAGCAAAAACCAAGAAAUAACUGAACGAAAAUAAAAAACGAACAAAAAUACUGAAUAGAGCACAAAAAAGUUGAAAACAGUGCGAAAAGCGGUCAAAAUGCCCACAAAUUGGUAACAAAAUGCAAACAUUUUAUCAACUCUAACGCUCCCAGUCGGCAUUUAAGACGCUCCAUGGCCGACUAUUGGAUAUAUUAGAGCAGCGAAUUUUUUUCGUACCAAAAACAAAAGAUUCAUGAAAUCGCGCGGGUAGACAAAUUCGCACACACACUCACUCGCACACACAAGCUGAACAGAAGCCGAAUCGCGGCGCUCAGAUUUUUGUGCUAGUGUACGUUUUAAUGUGUGCUGUGGGUAAUGAUGUAGUUGAUGUGGCUGACACGAUGACGAUGAUGUUGGUUGCUAAGAGACCACAGCAGCCAAACUGCUACCACAGUUGAGCAACGAACGAUUCGCGAAAGUACAGCAAUGUGGAAAAUUUUGAAUACAAGCAAAAACUCGAAACGUAGAAAAACUAAACGCGCAAAAAGAAGAAUUUUUCAUUCUCGCGUCAUCAUAAAACCAUAAAGCAAAAACAAAAAAGGAAAAAGCAAAGAAAAUCUGUCGUAAAAAAGAAGUCAUAAAAGAAAACAAGGCAGAAGGGAAAACCCACCACUUAACACAAGAGGCAUCCGUGUACCAACAACAACAAGAACAAUAAUCGGAGCCAUAGCAAGGAAAGUGCCGCCAACGUAGCUAUCAGUGGAUAACAAGGAAGAAAUCGCAAAUGCAAAUUCAAUACCAGCCAUUGCGUAUAUUAUGGGCCGCUCCAAGUUUCCCGGGAAACCAUCCAAGUCGAUUAAUCGUAAGCGGAUAAGUGUAUUGCAAUUGGAGGAUGAAGCGACAGCAGGCACUGCGGCCACAGCGGCAGCAGCAGCUGCAGCGGAACAGCAGCAACAGAGCGAGCAGAGCGCUAGCUCAGCUUCGCACGAGAAAGGCAACAAUUGUGAUAACGAUGAUGAUGAUAACGCACCGAAUGGGGCAAUUGCUGCCAGUGGGAAUGGGGCAAGCUCAACUACGGCGACAGCAACAUGCUCGGGAAAUGGCAACACCGGUAGCAGUGGGGGUGGGGGCUCGACAAAUGGAGGCGCGGUAAACGGUGCUAAUUGCAGUAACGAUAAUGGCAGCCACAAUAGAAGUGCCACAACUGCAGCCACCACGCCCACGCCGAGUGGUGACAUCAAUACCGUGUCAGAGGUCACGCCUACUGCGCCCAAGGAAUGCAAAAGAAACGAUGGCAAACAACAAGCUAGCAACAACAGCAACAACAAUAACAACAGUGAUGUGUUGGAAAGGGACAACAACGACGAAGAUGAGCCCGACGAUGAUGAUGACACUGACGCUGACAGCCGUAGCGAAAAGUUGGCCAGUAAUACGACGCUUGGGGGAGCAGGAGCCUUUAUGCCGGGCACUUUGGUCAGUGCGUUGCAGCGUGCACGCAAAGGAGGCAAUAAAAAAUUUAAAAACUUGAAUCUGGCCAGAGCGGAGGUGAUGUUGCCUUCAACAUCGAAACUCAAGCAACAACAAUUGCAACUUAAUUGCCCUUCAUCGUCUCCUACGUCAACAUUAUCAUCAACAACAACAACAACAGCAACGACGGCAACAGCGACGUCGCCGUCAGCGUCGGUGACGAGCUCGGGCCCGGCUGCAGGUCUGCUUGCUAACCCUUUUGCUGCCAUCGAGUCAAAAGUCGUUGAGGCAAGCGAAGACGUUGCAAUGCCACAGAAAUCUAGCGAAAUGCCCAGUGAAGCAGCUACAACCGUAGGCAACAGUGCAUCCGCAACAGCUACAGCAAGCGGUGGCUCAAACCCAAAUGGCUCCAAUGCAGCGGCCACGACAUCGACGGGAGCCUCGACUGCGACGAAACAGAAAAAGACCGUCACCUUCAAAAAUAUACUCGAGACCAGCGAUGACAAGUCGGCUGUUAGGCGCUUCUAUAAUCCGGAUAAUCACAUGCCGCUAGUCUCCAUUAUGAAAAAGGAGAGCAUGAACCGACCACUGUCCUACUCUCGGAGCAGCGAGUGCAUAGUGCGGCCAUCCAUAUUAUCAAAAAUACUCAACAAUAACUCAAAUAUCGAUAAACUGAACUCGCUGAAGUUUCGUUCGUCCCAUGCCACAACGUCUACUCUGGAACCAGGCUCCUCUAAGAGCGUUUUUGGAACAGCGCUCUCACGUGCUUUCGGUGCUCCAACCGAAGACGAAGGCACGGAUCCGGGUACAAUAACAUUUCGUCUCAGCAAGCCUGACUCGGAUGAUGAAGCUAGUGAUGACGAUGAUAUGGAUGAUGAUGAAGACGAUGAGGACACAGAUGAUAAUAUGGAGGACAAUGAUGAGGCAGCUUCUGAAAAAAGUUCAGAAACGAUGCCAAGCCUUAACGAGGAAUCGCAUGAAAAGACUGCAAAGAAUGGCGAGGAGAAACAACUGGUGGUGGACAAGCAUUUUGUGCUGCCUAAGCGCAGCACGCGGUCAUCGCGCAUCAUCAAACCAAACAAGCGGUUACUGGAAGACGGCAGCAUUAGCAAGAAAAACACCAAUGAUACCAAUGUCAAACCAAAGCCAAAGAAUUACUUUGGCUUAAGUAACUUUAAUACGGAGCCAUCAUCCCAUUCUUUGAGUCUAAAAACUGGCAAAGACGCAUUCUCAAGCUUUGGUAACAUGAAACUGAACAGCAGUUCUGUGCUGUGGGAGCCACGCCUGCAAUUUCAAAAUGAUAAGAAUGUUCCGUUUGCCUCGGCUAAGUCAAUGCUAACGGCUGCCGCCCUCUCGCCCACAUCAAGUGCCAUUACGCCAGCCAAUUCAAUGACAUUUGGUUUGCUCACCAGUGCUAGCGCAGCUACAUCACCAGUAUGUGCCGUCUGCUCUGCGGCCAUCAACAGCAAAGAUGCACCACAAUCUCGCAAGUUCGGUGUGACAGCAUGUGAAGUGUGUCGCAAAUUCAUUUCCAAAAUGACAAAAAAAUCUAUUUCGGCACAUACAGGCUCCAGUUCGACGGCUACCCAACAACUCCAGUGCAAGGGCUCUGAAGAUGGUAUUUGCAGCGUUCAUUCGCUCAAGAACCAAGCUAAGAACUUUAAGAAGUUGUACAAGGAACGCUGCACGGCUUGUUGGCUAAAGAAAUGCCUAGUGGUAUUUCAAUUGCCUGCGGGCCACAAGAGCCGACUGGGCGCAAUAUUACCCGCCAACAUGUUGAAGCAAGUGGAAAAAUGUGAUUCCGUGCAAAAGGAUGAUAAAUCCAUGGAGUUACUGUCGCCGACAGGAAGUCUGCGCUUUUCUGUCGCGCCCAUGAGCAGCUCACCAAGCACAACUGGCACAACAAUUAAGUGGAAAUCCAAUGCAGAUACUGCAGUCAACUCCAUCAAAGCAAAUCCAUUGGCUGAGAAUAAUUUAACGUUCGGUAGCACGCCUUUGCUUCGGCCAGCCAUUCUUGAAAAACCAUUGUUCCUCAAGACGGGCGACCUGAAUAGCAAUAGCAAAAAGAUCGAGGACAAAGAAACGGAGUCUGCCACGGCCAGCUUAAGUCCCAGUGAAUCUGUAGGCUCGCACAAGAGUACGAGGAAAAGCAAGCAGGAUAAAUUGGAAAAGGAAAAAUCCAAGGAUGCGGUGGAUAGUGAAAAGCCUCUUAGCCCGACAACCAAGAAAGCAACAGUAACAUCGGAAUCAUUAUCAGCACAGGAUCAUUCAAAAGAGGAACAGCUCCUACAAGUUGCAAGUGAUCAAACAAGCACAGGUACAAUGCCUGCUAGUCAGACUACACCGAACUCAAGUUCCGCUGCUCUGCCCACGAUCACCGAACAUGUCGAAGGGGCUGUUGCUCCACUUGCGGACACGCUGAAGCGCCAACGUAUUGAUCUAAAGGGUCCGCGAGUAAAGCACGUUUGCCGCAGCGCGUCCAUAGUGCUUGGCCAACCGCUGGCCACUUUCGGUGAAGAAGAGGAAGCACUAGCUCCUGAACCAGAUCAAGUACCAUCUGCUGAAUUGCCAAAGCCAGUUGCCACUCAAAUAAUCACCGAUGAGAACGACAAUUGCGCUACGUGCAAGGUGUUGCCAUCUACAGCUACAACCGAGGGAAAUUCACAAACCAAGACCGUAACAACAUCAACCGAAUUAAAGUCUACAAAGUCAAAUAUCACAGAAUCUAAAAAGGAUAUUGCACCGACCAAACUCACGGGUAAAAUUACCACACGGAACUCGGCCGCAGGUGGAACCUCAAACGGUAAUGCCUUGAUAGUAAGCUCUAAAAAACAUAUGCGGCAGUCGAACAUUGGCAAUAUCUGUGAAAGCUCGUCUGGCGGCGCUGGCGCUGCACAGCUUGUGGCAGGCCAGGGUCGGCGCAGUGGCCUGCCUAAGGAUUCUUGCAGACUGGCGCUCAUUUCCAUUGAUUUUUGGGAAAACUAUGAUCCGGCCGAAGUCUGUCAAACUGGUUUUGGACUUAUUGUCACUGAGACGGUGGCACAGCGCGCCCUGUGCUUUCUUUGUGGCUCUACAGGCCUGGAUCCCCUCAUUUUCUGUGCUUGCUGUUGCGAACCAUAUCAUCAGUACUGUGUCCUGGAUGAAUACAAUAUCAAACACACCUCCUUUGAUGACACACUGAUGAACAGUCUGCUGGACACGUCAGUUACAACUACAUCAGCAGCAGCGACACAGUUAAAUUGCAGCACUGCUGCUCAGCUCAACCAGCUAACAAAUCGCCUUAACUGGCUGUGCCCCCGCUGCACCGUCUGCUACACCUGCAACAUGUCUUCCGGCUCGAAGGUAAAAUGUCAAAAGUGUCAGAAGAACUAUCACACAACAUGCUUGGGAACCAGCAAAAGGUUACUGGGCGCGGAUCGUCCGCUCAUCUGCGUCAAUUGUCUUAAGUGCAAAUCGUGUUCGACCACGAAGGUGUCAAAGUUUGUAGGUAACCUGCCCAUGUGCACGUCAUGCUUUAAGUUGCGCAAAAAGGGAAACUACUGUCCCAUAUGCCAAAAAUGUUAUGACGACAACGAUUUCGAUCUGAAAAUGAUGGAAUGUGGGGACUGCAACCAAUGGGUCCACUCAAAGUGCGAAGGCUUAAGCGAUGAGCAGUACAAUCUACUGAGCACACUGCCGGAAUCCAUUGAGUUCAUAUGCAAAAAAUGCGCACGACGCAAUGAAAGCUCUCGUAACAAGGCGGAGGAGUGGCGGCAGGCCGUUAUGGAGGAGUUUAAGGCUAGUCUCUUCAGCGUUCUCAAGCUCUUGAGUAAGUCUCGGCAGGCCUGUGCGUUACUUAAACUCAGUCCGCGCAAGAAAGUGCGUUGCACAUGCGGUGCCAGUAGUGGUGGAGGAGGAAAUGGCAAGAUGCAGCGCAAGGCUUUACUGUUCAACAGCAGUGACAAUGGCUUAGGAAGUGAUGGCGAAUCACAGAACAGCGACGAUGUGUAUGAGUUCAAGGAUCAGCCGAUGCAAAGUCUAGUCUCAAGUAAUGCUGCCAUUAAAUCAUCGAGAUUGCCAUGCACCUGCACUCAGUCCUACAAUCAGUCGCAGGCUUUUAGUCUUGUGGACAUCAAGCAGAAGAUAAGUAGCAAUGCAUACGUCUCCCUUGCCGAGUUCAACUAUGACAUGAGUAACGUGAUACAGCAGGGCAACUGUGAUGAGCUCGAUAUAGCCUAUAAAGAGCUGCUGAGCGAACAAUUUCCAUGGUUUCAAAACGAAACCAAGGCCUGCACAGACGCACUCGAGGAGGAUAUGUUCGAAUCGUGCUCCUAUAACACGCUCAACGAUGAAGUGGACGAGUCUCCCGCUCCCUAUGCCGAACACACAGCCGAGGUUCAAGGAGUGCUCGAUUUACCAGCGGACGUGGACGAGGUUGGAUGUGCGCUUAAAACGCGCAUAGACACGCGCGUCUGUCUCUUCUGUCGCAAAACCGGAGAGGGUCUCUCGAACGAGGAGGCGCGUUUACUGUACUGUGGACACGACUGUUGGGUGCACACAAACUGUGCCAUGUGGUCGGCCGAAGUAUUCGAGGAGAUUGACGGUUCACUGCAGAAUGUACACAGUGCCGUUUCACGCGGCCGCAUGAUCAAGUGUACAGUAUGUGGAAAUCGUGGCGCCACUGUCGGCUGCAAUGUGAAGUCCUGUGGUGAGCAUUACCAUUACCCGUGUGCGCGAAGCAUCGAUUGUGCUUUCCUUACCGACAAAUCCAUGUACUGUCCGACACAUGCAAAAAAUGCGCUGAAGGCGAAUGGCUCUCCAAACGUUACGUUUGAGUCAAACUUUGAAGUGUCGCGACCUGUCUACGUGGAACUGGAUCGCAAGCGCAAAAAACUCAUCGAACCCGCCAAAGUGCAGUUUCAUAUCGGUUCGCUGGAAGUGCGACAGUUGGGGUCUAUAGUGCCACGAUUCUCUGACUCAUUCGAAGCCAUUGUGCCCGUAAAUUUCCUGUGCAGCCGCCUUUACUGGUCUUCAAAAGAACCCUGGAAAAUUGUUGAGUACACUGUACGUACCACUAUCCAAAAUAGUUUCUCGACGCUCACAACCCUGGAUGCUGGUCGUAAUUUCACCGUUGAUCAUAGCAAUCCAAAUAGCUCGAUGGUACAACUGGGACUGGCGCAAAUAGCUCGCUGGCAAAAUAGUUUGGCACGCAGUGAUCUGUUAGAUGUAGACUGGUCGGCCAGCGCAGCGGAACUAUCAAAACUGUUACCCGAUUAUCUGGUACACAGUCAAAACUCUUAUGUAGCGUCGGAUGAAAAUACCGAGGAGGAGCCGCAGAACAACGCUGACUUGUUGCCACCUGAGAUCAAAGACGCAAUUUUUGAGGAUUUACCGCAUGAGCUUCUCGACGGCAUAUCCAUGCUGGAUAUAUUUAUGUACGAAGACCUGGGUGAUGCCAAAACGGAACUGUUUGCCAUGAACGAACAAUCCAAGGAUGGUGUAAAUAGUAGCGCUCCAACGCAGGCUCCAGCCACCGUGGGCGUAAGCAGCAGUAGCAGUAACGUGCAAAUUUGUGAUGAGGACACGGGCACCUCGAAUAGCUUUGGAAAGCAGCUGGAACUUACCAACUCUUGGCCGGCGAGCAAUCCAGUGGAGGAUGCUAUGCUCUCUUCCGUACGCACUACUAGCCAAGCUAAGCAACGCAAUAAAACAGUGGGAGCUAUUCCCAAUGCCUCCGAUGUUUUGAAGAAACCAGGGGCGGCGCAUACGCGAGCAUGGCCAAAAUUAGAUGGCAGCAGCGUCGCCGCCAUUAAACGGCGCAAGUUAUCACGAGGUCUAGCCGAAGGAAUGCUCCUGAGCCUAAAUCAUCAGCGAAGCAAAAAGGAGAUGGCCACUGUGGCGGGUGUCUCGCGACGUCAGUCCAUUUGUGGUGGUGAGUUAGCGGCAGAGAGUAGCGCAGUGCGCAGCAAGAGCUUCACCUGGAGCGCCGCGACGCGUUAUUUUGAUAAUGGCGAAAAGCGCGAGGAAACGAGCAAAAUAAAGAUUAUGCAAAUGGACGGCGUUGACGACUCCAUCACCGAGUUUCGCAUUAUUUCCAGUGAUGGUCAUAUGGCGGCGGCUCAGUUUACUGGACAGGUAAAGUGUGAGCGCUGUCAGUGCACCUAUCGCAACUACGACUCGUUCCAGCGUCAUCUACAUAACUGCGAACCCAUGUCAACAAGUGAAUCCGAUUCGGAGACCACCUCGCACAGCAGCCAGACAACAACGCAAAACGCCACGCAUCUAACGGCUGAUAGCUUGAACGAGUUACAGAAGCAGGCAGUGGCCGCAGCCACUCUCACUAGUGCCAAUGGUCUGCCUUACUUGCAGCCCACCUUUCCACAAGUCCAGAAUCUUGCCACGCUGGGUCAGUUUGGCGUGCAAGGAUUGCAGGGCAUACAGGGGUUGCAGAAUUUGCAAUUACAGCCGCAAUCCCUGGGAAAUGGCUUCUUCCUAUCGCAGGCGAAUCCAAAUCAUACACAGGCCAGCGCUGCCACCAACAGCAAUGAUGAGCUGCAGCUGUACGCGAGCUCACUGCAAUCGCUGGCUGCCAAUCUAGGUGGUGGCUUCACGCUAACACAACCCACGGUGAGUGCACAAGCGCAACCUCAACUCAUAGCUGUUUCUACGAAUCCGGAUGGGACGCACCAGUUUAUACAGCUGCCCCAAACCACAAAUGCUGCACCACAACUCCUGCAGGCAGCACCCACUGCUACCUACCAAACAUUGCAGGCCACAAACAGCGACAAAAAGAUUGUAUUGCCGGUGACGGGAAAGCCACUGAAGACGGUAGCCACAAAGGCCGCCCAACAGGCAACAGCUGCAGCCAAACAGAAGCAGCUAAAGGCGCACGGUGUCAAGCCGAUACAAGCUAAGCUCAUGGCACCAGCGACGGUGGCCAAUCAGUCCCAUAAUCCAACGCCGAUCACUGUGCUCAGCAGCACGGGUGGUGGCACCAAUGGCACAACCACCACACAGCUAUUGGGUCAGAAUCUCCUACAGCCGCAAUUGCUGUUCCAGACCAACACAUCGCAAGCACAACAAGCGGCUCCCUCAUUGCUGUUACCACAGACGCAGGCCCAGAACAUUAUCUCAUUUGUGACCAGCGAUGGCAGCCAGAAUCAGCAGCUUCAGUAUAUCUCAAUACCAACUACCGGGGACUUUAAGCCACAACAGCAGACACAAACGCCCACAUUUCUUACGGCCGCAACGGCGGGAACCGCGACCAAUGCCAACCAGCUCCUGCAGGGUGCUACUUUCUUACAAACGGAUGCCAGCGGUAAUCUCAUGUUGACCACUGCUCAGACACCUUCUGGUCUGCAAAUGCUGGCGCCGUUGCAGACGCAGCCUCAAGUAAUCGGAACGCUCAUCCAGCCUCAGACACUGCAAUUGGCCACCACCAACAGUGAUGGAAGUCAGAACACAGGGGCUCAACAACCUCUUAUCAUUGGCGGAACUACAGCGACCUCGGCGACGGGUCUAGACUUUGGUGCAACAGGACCGCAAGUCAUACUCGCCACUCAACCCAUGUAUUACGGACUUGAGACGAUUGUACAAAAUACAGUGAUGUCUUCACAGCAGUUCGUAUCUACAGCAAUGCCUGGAGUUCUUAGCCAGAAUGCCAGCUUCUCGGCGACCACAACGCAAGUAUUCCAAGCAAGUAAAAUUGAGCCUAUUGUGGAUAUACCAGCCGGCUAUGUGGUACUAAACAAUGCCGUUGAUACCGGCAACGGCGCGGGCAGCUUCCUAAAUGCGACCAGUGUGCUGCAACAGAACCAGCCGCAGGUGGAUGAGGCCACGGCUCAGUUGCUGCAGAACGCAAGCUAUCAGUUCCAACAGCAACACACGACGCCCACUUCGACAGCAAGUCCAAGCAUGGAGUAUGUCGGCGGCACGACAACACCACUGGUGGUUACUGCUAAAAUACCACCAGUUGCUCAAGUGAAACGCAAUGUCAAUGUUCAUGCAACGACCAAAGGAACGCCUGUUUCGGGCAUGAGUAAAGUACAGCCCCAACAGCAAGUAAUAAACAAAGUUCUGCCCACAACCAUUGCCACACAACAGCAGCAGCAAAUACAGAAGAUGUCCCAAAGCGGCAACCUGAAGUCGAUGUCCCAAUUCCAACGACAACAGAUGGCGGAUCUCAAAUCGAAAGCGAAUGGCGGCAAUGUAAUGGGUAAUCAGCAGCAAAUCGGCAGUACAUGUGGCGCACCACCUAGUAUAGCAUCCAAACCGCUGCAAAAGAAAACCAAUCUUAUACGACCCAUACAUAAAGUGGAAGUAAAGCCCAAGAUUAUGAAGCCAGCAGGGGCCAACACCAACAGCAACAAUGGACAGGUCAAGCUGCCUGCAACAACUCUGCACCACCAACAGCAGCUUCAACCUCAUCAGCAACAAGUACCUAAGGUUGGAGCUCACAUCGCCGGCAACAACACAGUCGCUGCAGUGCAUCGCCUGCAACAACAACAGCAGCAGCAGCAACAGCAGCUGUUGUCCGCAUCCCAUGCGCAACACCAACUACAAAGCACUCCCCAGCCAUUGACAACCAUAAACAUGGGCAACACACACGCUGCGGAGCCACAGACAACACAGUUCGUGGUGACACAGAGCCAGCAACAAUGCCUUGAAUUGGAACAACAACAGAAUCAGAUGUCCGAGUUACUUACAUGCAAUGGAAACACUAGCAGCAAUACUAUUAUCAGCAAUCGUCUGCAACACUUCACAAGCAACACCUUGCCAACGAAUGUAGUAAAUCCAUUGCAGCAACAACAGCCGACUCUGGCAACCACAAGCGUUACAACCAGCACCACACAACAAAGCAUUACGAUCAAUAGUCGGCCCACAAAUCGAGUUCUGCCCAUGCAACAGCGUCAGGAACCAGCUCCAUUGCCUAACGAUCCGGUGGUGCAAUCACCAACACCGCCAAAGAUCGUGGAGCAAAUGGCAGCAGCGGGCAGUACAAACUUCACCUCCACACAAAAGGUAGUGUCAAAAUGCUAUGCACAGUUGGAGCAAAAGUCGCCAGUAUACGAGACCGAGCUAAAAUCACCUGGUACCGUCAAUAAUCUAGUGGCGACAACAACGGUGACGACGAUGCUAGCACAGUCGCAGCAGGAGUCCAGCUUUAAUGAGCUCAUCUAUGAGAAGCAACGACCGGAGCAGGCAGACAAACAGAAACAUGAAGAUCUCAUGCUCAUGGAAGCAAGCGAAAGCGAAGCGCAGAUUGAAGCAGUCGACAAUGGAUUUAAUCUCAAUGCAAACGAUAACUGCCUUCUGGAUAAACAUGGCUAUCAUGUUGAGUCAGCAGUGGCCAUGGACACAGACGAUCAGUAUAUGAACAACAAUGAACAGCAAGAACUGAAAGAUGACGGCAUUGAGCAGUGCAAUGGCGGCGAAGCUGAAGAUGAGGACGAUGAUGAUGAUGACUUCAGUCUCAAAAUGGCCACUUCUGCCUGCAAUGAUCAUGAAAUGUCUGACAGCGAGGAGCCAGCAGUUAAGGAAAAGAUCAGCAAGAUCCUCGAUAACUUGACGAACGAUGAUUGUGCCGAUUCUAUAGCCACUACGACAACAGUUGAGGCGGGCGCUGAAUUGCAACACAAUGCAGGCUAUCAGCAAAUGGUAGAGGAUGUUCUGGCCACAACAGCGACAGCGGCAGAGACUGGGGAAUCCUUUGAGGCCACACCUGAGGAAACGGCUGCGGUGGAGGCAGCUGCCAGCUACAUCAAUGAAAUGGCUGAAGCCCAUGAAUUAGAACUGAAAAAGCUGCAGCAUGAGCUGAAGAAACCAAAACCUGAUGCAGCGCAAGAACUAACGCCACAAUCACCAGCUGUAGAAGUGGCCACAGCCGCGCCACCGCAGCAGCCGCCGCCAAUGCGCGAGCCAAAAAAGAUAAGUGGACCACAUCUGCUCUAUGAGAUACAGAGCGAGGAUGGCUUCACCUACAAGUCCACCUCCAUAGCGGAGAUUUGGGAGAAGGUGUUCGAAGCAGUGCAAGUAGCGCGAAGAGCCCAUGGUCUAGCACCACUGCCCGAGGGUCCAUUGGCCGAUAUGAGCGGCGUGCAGAUGAUAGGUCUGAAGACAAAUGCACUCAAAUAUCUCAUCGAGCAGCUGCCUGGUGUGGAGAAGUGUGGCAAAUACACUCCAAAGUACCAUAAACGCAAUGGUAAUGUCUCCACAUCGUCGGGUCUAAUCAAUGGAAGCGGCGUGGGCGUAACUGGAAGUUCAGUUAAUGGGGCUGGCAUUGCUUCAGUACACAAUGUCGGCGACACACAUGCCCUACUGGACUAUGGCUCGGAUCAAGAUGAUUUGCAGGAGAACGCCUUCGACUGUGCUCGCUGUGAGCCUUACUCCAGUCGCUCCGAGUACGACAUGUUCAGCUGGCUAGCCUCGCGACAUCGCAAACAGCCCAUACAAGUAUUUGUGCAGCCCUCGGAUAAUGAGCUGGUUCCAAGGCGCGGUACGGGCAGCAAUCUUCCCAUGGCAAUGAAGUACCGCACGCUCAAAGAGACAUACAAGGAUUACGUCGGCGUAUUCAGGUCGCAUAUACACGGACGUGGACUCUAUUGCACCAAAGACAUUGAAGCGGGUGAAAUGGUCAUAGAGUAUGCCGGCGAGCUGAUACGCUCCACAUUGACCGACAAACGGGAGCGCUACUACGAUAGCCGUGGCAUUGGCUGCUAUAUGUUCAAGAUCGACGACAACCUUGUCGUGGAUGCCACAAUGCGAGGCAAUGCGGCACGCUUCAUCAAUCACUCUUGUGAGCCGAAUUGCUAUUCCAAGGUCGUAGAUAUACUUGGCCACAAGCACAUCAUCAUAUUCGCUUUACGGCGCAUAGUGCAAGGCGAGGAAUUGACGUAUGAUUACAAGUUCCCAUUCGAGGAUGAGAAAAUACCCUGCUCCUGCGGCUCUAAACGAUGCCGCAAGUACUUAAACUAGAUUUAAUAACAACUCCGAUGUCAUCGACAUGGCGCAGUGCGUCUAACACACAUACUCAAAAUGAAAUAUAAGGAUACCUUAAUAGAGCGAAAGUGAAGGGAAACACACAACAUACACACACACACACACACAUGAAAACAUUUGUAGUUAACGGUUAAUUCGAUCUAAGUUUGGUCAAUCGUGAUACUUUAUUCAUUUUAUACCAUACGUUUUAAGUACAGUUUUAAGAGUUAAAAACGUUGAUAUUAUAUUACAUUUAUGUACAUAUAUAUAUUAUACUAUAAAACAACAUAAAUCGUUGCAUAUUGUGCUAAAAUGCACCCAUAUAAGGUUCCAAUACGAUAAGUGCAACGUUCACGAUAUAUGCAACAUUAUUCGAUGCAAUAGGUGUCUAUAUCGUCCAAGAAAACUAUCAAAAACAUGGAAACUCGAUGAUGUCAGUAUUCAGAGCAGAACAGAUCAGAACGCAGAAUGAAAAUGUUUAGCUGUAUACAUAAGAAUACCUUAUGUAUUAGCUAUUACAUAUUAAUAUAUAUAUAUACACCCACAAAACACUCUAUAUUUAGGCUUGACAGAUUCUAUUAACUAACAUACCACUUAGAUGAUGAGCAUGCGAACCAUACGAUCGAUCAACAAUAAUUGCAAUAACAUUUAACAUUUUGAAUUGUUUAAAUUGAAAUUGUUCGAUAGUUAUCAGAAGCUGGGCAGCAAACAAAACAUUUAAUGAUUAUUUACAGGGGCUUGUGUUAGAUUGUAAAUAUAAUUAGAGAGCUAAUAACAAAAUCGUUAAGAAUUUAACUACAAUACGCAACUCUUUAACUAUAACGAACGAAAGAAACUAUUUUAUGUAGAAUCGUGCACACUUGCAAAUCGAGUAUUUAUGUUUGUUAUAUUAAAAUAAUGAAACUAUUAAUAAUUAUAAUAUCCGCUUUCAUGCAUACACAUAAAUACAUAUGUAUACAUAUAUAUGUAUAAAUAUAUAUACCGUGAAAGUAUGUACGAGUACAUAUAACUUAAAACAAAACGAAAUUCUUGCAAGCAACCAACCAACACGCAACUAAGCAUCACUAAUGAAAUUAUUAUUUAAACAAACAAACAACACCUUUUUGUAUUUGUUGUUAAUUCAUAUUUAUUAUUCCUCUUAAAUUGUAUGUAAUUCUCCAAUGUACUUUAUUUUAAUGUGUAAAAGAGUCCAUGUACAUUGUAUGAUUUGUUUGUAAUUGCUAAAGCGAAAGUGUUCCAAAUUCUAAAUUAUCCAAUUGUGUACAAUUAAUUAAUUGUGUAAUGGCCUUUUUUAAAAUUACAUCCAAUCCUUAUUUAUUAAGCUCCCUUGUAUUCUAUUAGUUGUAAAUUAUUCGGUUUAAGCAUAAUCUUAGUCCAUUUUAUUUGUAUUUGUCGAAAUUUCAAAGCAGCAACAAUUUUAUGCAUACAUUUUAGACAGCUUAAGUUCAAAAAAAUGAAAACAAAUUAAAACCAAUUAAGCAAGCAUACGAAUGUACAGACAUAGUUUUGUAUAUUCCAGAGCAUUUUUGGCAGCCAUUCGGACGCGAGCACUUUUUGCACGCCGUCAAGGAAUUUUAUAUUUUUAUUCCCUAAAGAAAAAAAUUGAAUAAAUUACAGAAUAAAUUAUUUUAAUACAUGAGA